UCUCCGAGGAGGAGCUAGGUUUCAGGAAGAGUGUGAUGGCUGAUAAAGUCAAAGAGAAGAAGGUCACCAGGCUGCCUGCUGAUGGAGGCAGAAGAAAGAUGAAGCAAUCUGGGACUGAACCAGGGCGGACUGAAGCCCCCUCUAAGAAAACUACAAAGAUGGAGAACGUUGACUUGCUGGCGGGGACACUAAAGGAGGACGAAGAUGCGACAGACGAUCUGCUCCAAGAAAAGCUUCAAAUCAAAGAGAAGGUUGGCAAGCUGCCCGCUGAUGAACCUCUGGGACCCAGAGUCAAAGAAACAACUGGCAAGAUGAAGGAUCCUGAAGGUACUACGCUGUUCUCUGAUGAAUACAAUGAAGACGUGUGCAUCAGAAUCGUAACAGAGAACACCUACCAGCUGGGACCUACUAAACGCUUCCCUGUCAUCGACGCCACCAACAUACUAAGGGAAGUACUGAGCAGUUCCCUGAAAGGGGAGAAAUAUGAAGUACAGCAGGCGCAAGAAUUGUCCCUGGCUCUAUCUGUGGCGAUACGAGAACGUGUGAAGGCACUUAAGAUCCCCAGAUAUAAAAUAGUUGUCCUGGUAACGAUUGGCCAGCUCAGCAGUCAGAGUAUACAAAGCUGCAGCCGCUGCCUGUGGGACUCAACGAACGACACCUUCGCCUCUUACUCCUUCAAGAACAGCUCUCUGUUCGGGGUUGCAUCCGUCUACGCUGUUUAUUUUGAGUGA